UCAACAAGACAAAGACACACAUCUCUGGGUUUACCUGUAAUAAAAUAAAAUAUAAGAUAUUAAAAUAAAUAAAACCACGUAUAACCUUCAACAUUUAUGGAAUACUUCUUUAGAUUAUUCAAAUCUUCUUUACACUAAGAAAAAAAAAAGGUUCUUUUAAGAACUGUUUACUGGAAGGUUUAAAAAAAGGGUGAAAAAAAAAAAACUGCUUCAUCUAUGGCAUCGCUGUCACUUCAAAACUUCACGUUUAAUUCAAUGUGUGUUACUUUCCGUUUCUUUAGAUGUUUGUGAAAUUAACUAGCGAUUUCUGAGUGAAAACACCGAGUGUUUUUCAGUGUAGCUGCAGGCGCGCGUGUGUUGGCGUAUCCUCAGGGCUCCUCAAACAGAUGCGGAGCCCCGCCCCCUUCACACGUGACCCCAGCGGACGGGUCGAGCCGGUCUGACAGACAGACGCGUUCUUCAGCAGACUUCACGCGCCCUAAACACCUGUUACAGGACAAGAGCAGAACGAAGGAGCUUCUGCUGCCGGACCCAGUGACAGGGUAAUUUAUGUGUGCUGGGUUGAAAAACAACCAUUAUCCUUCUCUGCAAACAAGAUCAUCGUAGGAUCACGACUUUAUCACAAGUUUCCCCAUCGCCACAAUGAGCAUCCCUGUGAAAGAACGCAAACCGAAGAAGCCUCACUACGUCCCUCGUCCGGCCGGGAAGCCAUUCAAAUACCAGUGCUUCCAGUGUCCCUUCACCUGCAACCAGAAAUCCCACCUGUUCAACCACAUGAAGUACAACCUGUGCGACGUCUCCAUCUCCAUCAGCUCCAGACACAGCAGACGCAGCUCCGCCAACCUCUCACCGCAUGUGGAUGAAGACGCGUCUUCAGAGGAGGAUGUGGACGUCCUUGCAACACGUCCCGCAGAGAUCCAAGUGGAGUCUGAACCGUCAGAUCCUCCAGCGGUGUCAUCAUCGUUGGAAAAUUGUGAGGAAGCAGCCUUAACUAUACGCAAACCAGAAGCGCUCCGUCCUCACAGUCCUGGGUCCGUCUGGAGGCCUCCGGUCUCGUUCACUCCCACCGAAAACAACAAGCCACACCUGCAGGAACGAACGGAGGACUUUUCGUACCAUCCGGGGUUUCAUUUACCUCUCCAUCCUCAUUAUAACCCUUACAUCUACGAGCCUGUCCCUCACCCUUACGUCCUGGACACUCGUGGACUGUUUCCACAGAUGCUGUUCCCAGUGACAUCCAUGUCUCCGAUGCCAGAGGAGUAUUUCAGGUACUACUACACAAUCCCGACUCCCAGCUACCAUCCACCGUAUUCAUUCCGGCCGGUGAUGGACGUCAGCUCUGCUUUUGCAGUACCGCCGCAGCACUUGUAUAACCCGUAUGCUGCGCUCGUAAUGAAUCUGAAGGGGAAGGAGGUUCAGGUGAGUCCGCAGACAGGACACUCCGCUGCUGGAUCACCUGACAGACCUGACGGCUUUGAUCAUUCCCAGCAGCCACCACAUGGGGGGGAUGCAGUACCAGCCAGCCAAUUAGAAGAGAGGGGUGUGGCCACACAGCCACAAGAGGACAAGAGCCCCCCUGAGAGGUUGUCGGAGAUGGAGAGAGGGGGAAAUGACAGUAAAAAUGAAAGAUUUGAUGAUGAUACUUUGGUCCCUCUCAAUCUCUCCAGAAGAGACAGUCCUCUGAACCUGUCAAUUAAGAUGUCUACAGCUCCAUCAGACAGCCAAUCACAGAGCUGCUUGAUGACUGAGGGAAUUAUGGGUGCUGUGACAUCACAAGAGGAUGAUCAUUUAUCAGUAGAGAAGACGGCCGCGUUUGCUCUCUGUCAGCUGGCCCAGUCCGGUGUUUCAGACCUCCGCAGAAACUCAAACAGCAGUUACUCUGAUUCAAACGUCUCUCAUGAGCAAAUAACAAACUUUCCCACCUCAGUCCAGAAUCCCGUGUCUGAACGGAGUGAUCACAUGGAGCUCACGCAAACAGCUUCCACUUCUCCAGAUGUUAAAUCAGAUACAGAUGUAGAAUGCCCCGCCCCUUCCACCACUGAAGUCUCCGCCUCCUCGUCAAGUGAUGCGCGUCAAACACGGACAAAAAGACACGGAAAACACAACAUGAAGAGAAAACAGACGAGCAGCAAACACAAUCUGAGGAAGAGAAUUCGCCGUCAGAAAAUCACCACAGAAAUGUCAAAAAAAGCCUGUAAAUGAGACUAUUUUAUAUAACCGACUAUAUAACCAUCAUGUGAAGCACUGAAUCAUAUUUAUAUUUGUAAAACACUGCAUUUUUUUUUUUUUUUUGUUUCAUGAGAUUUUCAUGCUGACAUUUGUAAAAUAAAUACUAAAAAACUGGUUUGAAAUUACUUGUUAUUAUUUGAGUCCACAAACACUUCAUAUCUUAGUCGUACAAACCUGUCUGAAGAUCACUGAAACAUAAGCCUUAACUUCUACAAUAUCUGUACACCAAAGCAAG